UGCGUCUCCUACCCGCUGGGCCGGGCUGGCGGGAGGCUCGGCACAACCGAGGAUGGUCGCAAUGGGUUUCCGGGAGUCCCGUCGCUGCAGUGCGGACCCACGGGGCCUCUAGCGCUCCGGGUGUGCCUUCAAGCUGGAAGUGACAGGCGUAGACGUCAGAGAGCCGAGGCGGUGGCCACCUUUGGAGCCCGAGAUAGCACUGGCGAGGGAGGGAGGACCCAGGGCCUCCGGAUAGGGCUGCAAUGGCGGUGAGUCCCACAGGGCCGCCUCAGCCCGCAGCUCGCUAAAGAUAGCCCUUCACUUCCUGGGGUAAAACCACCGCCAACCGUCUUAAUGCAUUUAGAGUAGCUGAAGUCCCCAUCUUGGCCUCCAGACCCCCAAUCCUGUUAGCAGCCAUCCCCUGGUCGUGCUCGUGAGGCCUGGAAAGCGCUUUGGAAUGACACGAUCACUCCCGUUGAGUGGGCACCCAAGAAGCCAUCGGGAAUGUCGUGUCCGCCCAGUGCUCUUUCGGAGCUUCCCAGCAGGGCCUUGCAGCCCUAGCCCAGAAGGGGGUCUUGCCAAGCUUUUCCUGCCCCUCGGUUCCUCUACAUCCUGAGCUGUUUACUCACUGCUCCGGGGCAGAGACCAGGGGGCUGGGUGUCAGUGCCCUGCGGCACAGUGUUCUAGUGCCUCACGUCCCAUCCCUAUUAAAAGAGAGAAAAAGGGUUAAGUGAAGACAUUGAGAAGCCCUGAACGGAAGGAGGAAAGAGGUAGGAGUUGGACGCUCAGAGAACUGUUUUUAAGGUGGGUCUUCUCAGGUCACAUUGUUUAUUUGACCCGAAAUGGCUCAUAGUCUAAACCAGGAAAUGGGAGGGUCCUUGUGACAGUACAACAGGUUAAAGGAGACGCAUUAAAAGCUUCUGGAAACUAUUAUGAUGGUUCUAAUUAUUCAAGAUUCAAGAGAAGAAAAACAGCAAUUCUCUCAGAGUGGACACAUUUGGAGUAAAAGACAACCCCUAUCUCAAAGGAAGGAAUGCUUGCAAAUAACCUGAAACUGAAGAACACAAAUUCCCUUUAAAAAUGUGACUUUUUUUCAGUAGCUCAUGAAAGUGUCUUUUAUGCUACCUGCCCUAUUUCAGAAUCCACUUGUAACUCUAGGCGUUUUGAUCAUGUGUGCUUAGUCACUAGUCGUGUCCAACUCUUUGUGACCCCAUGGACUGUGGCCCGCCAGCUGGUGGUCCAUGGGGAUUCUCCAGGCAAGAAAACGAGUGGGUUGCUAUUUCCUUCUCCAUUGAUCAUGUGUACAUGGAGGAAAUGAAACGUUAUACAAAUACAUAAAUGUAAGACAACCCUGCCUGGGCCCCACCGGAUUGCGUGGAUUCUUUCCCUUGUUGCUACUCUGGGCAACAGCGAGAGAGCCCCAAGUCCGGAGUAGACCCCAAGAUUUCUUACCCUAGUCCGGACCAGUCAGGUGGACCACGCGGGGGUAGGGCUGGGGCCAUGGAGCGAGCGCAACUGUCCACUGUCCACUCAGGAGUCCCUGCCUCCUCGCCCCGACCAAUUGGCCUUCCCGGAAAUCCCGCCUCGAAGUUUUGCUUCCGGUCCCGCCUGCCCCUUCCGGUAGCCAUGCGCAUCGGGGUAGAGGAGACGCUGGGAGCCCUGAACUCGGCCUUGGGGGCUGGCGGCCCCGUGUGGUUCAAGGAGACGCACUCCCGCCACCUGCGUGCCCGAGACUUCUUGGCACCGCGUCGCGCACUGCAGGCGCGCUUUGGGGGCGACCAGGUGCCCGAGGGCGUGGUUCACGCCAUCGUUGGCCUACAGGGUCCCGGCGUGGCCCCGGUGCAGCGUUGCGCGCCGACCCCCGCGGGACUGGCGCUUCAGUUGCAGCGGUCCGCGGUUUUCGAGCGCGUGCUCUGUUCCGUGGCCGCCUAUAUCGAGCCCGCCGCCCUCACCACCCCUACCCCGCGCGUCGUCCUGCACUGUCCGGCGCUGCGCGGCAGCCCCAGCGCCCUCCGCCUGAGCCAGCUCCGUGCCGUGCUCGUGGCGGACCACCUGGCGCGAGUUCUGCAAGCUCACAGGGUGAGUGUGCGCCGAGUUCCCGCUGUGCGGGACCCGCACAUGCCGACCUUCCUGCAGCAACUGCGGGUGGACUGGCCCGCGGUCUCAGAGAAAGCCACGACGGAAGCCCUGAGGAAUCGCACGAUUGCAGAGCUCUCCCCUGCCCGUGAUGCUGGAGCCCUGCCCCCUGACACCCUUGGUCGAGUGUGCCUGAAGGAACUGAUGGAGGAACGGGGACGAACAGCUGGCUAUGACCCCAAUGUGGACAGCUGUCUGGUGUCAGAGGAUCUGCUCUCUCUGCUGGCCGAGCUGCAGGAGGCUGUGCAGGCUGGGGCCGAGGACAGCUCCCUAGGCCUGGCUGCGGCCCCAGAUGCUGGUGCAGGUAGCUACAUGGUCCUACACGUAGUGAGCUGUGAGGAGGAGUUCCAGCAACAAAAGUUGGACCUGCUUUGGUGGAAGUUGGAUCAUCAGGCUCCUCUCAGACAGAAGCACCUGGUCUGUGGCCCAGUGAAAGCAGCUGGUGCGCCCAGCACCCUGACUGCCCCCGAGUACUACGACCUCCGGCACGCCCAGGUGUGCAAGGCGUCAGCAGUGAAGCAUGGCAGGGACCUGGAACAAGACCCAGCCUGGACGGAAAUCUUCAGCGUUCUCUCUGUGGCGACCAUUAAAUUUGAGAUGCUCAGCACAGCCCCUCAGAGUCAGCUACUCCUGGCCCUGGCUGACAGCAGCAUUUCCACCAAGGGCAGCAAAAGUGGCACCUUUGUCAUGUAUAAUUGUGCACGUCUCGCCACCCUCUUUGAGGGUUACAAGUGCAGUGUGGAACAAGGUCUGUACCCCACCUUCCCGCCUGUGAGCAGUCUAGACUUCUCCCUGCUGCGUGAGGAGGGUGAGUGGUUGCUACUCUUCAACAGCAUCCUCCCCUUCCCAGACCUGCUGAGGCAGACAGCAGCCCUGACCCAGACCUGCACUGCCCCAGGGCUUCAGGCCACUGCGCGCACAGAGAUGGUAUGCAAGUUCCUGGUACAGCUCAGCAUGGACUUUAGCUCAUACUAUAACCGGGUACACAUCCUAGGGGAGCCGCAGCCGCACUUGUUCGGUCAGAUGUUUGCCCGUCUGCAGCUUCUGAGGGCCGUGCAAGAAGUGCUCCACACUGGGCUGGCCAUGCUGGGUCUCCCUCCGCUGAGUCACAUUUAAGGCCACAGAGGCCUUAGGAUCCAGGAAUGUCCACAAAGUUAGCAACUGAAAGGGGAAAAAAAAAAUUCUGGAUUUGUUUUAGCGAUCUAGAGGCAAAAUAAAUAGUUUGUGUGACAA